AUGCGGUCACUAAACUCUGACACCCCUACCAACGCCGCCCCAUAUAGAAGAGGUUGGCUGGCUGCCGGUCCCAUAAUCUGCCUGCAGGGCUUCCUAGGGCUUUCCCCACAAGCAUCACGGCAGACAAUGUUUGUUAUCAACGAAAGCACAUUUAGGAUUUUAAGGCAGGUCGCUUUUGCCCUGAUAGUCGCCGCGUCUCGUCUCGAAGUGGGCUUAGUGAUAGGAUGGUCUGCAGUGUUGCCAAAGCUGAGGGCGGACAAUGCAACGAGUUUUACGGUCACCGAUCAGGAUGUUACAUGGCUUGUCUCCCUGCCCGGCAUCUCCGGCGUGGCCAUGACCCUGGCCGUCGGUCCUCUCAUCGAAUUCACGGGCCCGACGCGUCUCCUGAGGGCGCUGCUGUUCCUGGCGGGGGUCCUGUGGCUCCUGCAGGCCUUCACGCCCUACCUGUCGCUCCUGUACCUCGGGCGCAUCGGCUCCUGCCUGGCCUUCAACGCGGUGGGGCCCUUAGCUCCGGCCCUCAUCUCCGAGCUGGUCGAGCCCUCCGUCAGGGGAUCCCUCGUCGCCGUGGUGGAGGCGGUGGUGGCCCUGGGGCAGCUCGCCGUCUACUGCCUGGCCGACGCCCUGCCCUGGCGCCUCACCACCGCCCUCUGCGCCGCCCCAUUCUUCGCCGUCUUCGUGCUCGCCUUCUUGGUGCCUGAGUCCCCCUACUGGCUCCUCCGCCAGGACCGGUCCGAGGACGCGGCGAAGGCCCUGGCCCGCCUCCGAGGCCCCGUCAAGGACACAAGCGUGGAGCUCGACGAAAUCGCCAAAGGGAUCAAGGAGCGUCCUCAGUCCACUCUCAAGGAUCAGGUGAAACAGCUGUCCGUGGCCCAGAACUUCCGGCCCGUCCUGUUCCUGGCGUCCGUGUUCGUCCUGCGGGAGCUCGGCGGCCAGUACGUCGUCUUCUCCUACACGGUGUACCUGUUCCGUGAGGCGGGCGUGUCCAUGGACGCCUACACGUGCACCAUCCUCGUGGGCGCCGUCCGCCUCGCCUGCACCGUGCUGGGGUCUCUCUUGCUGGGCCGGGUGGGGCGCCGGCCGAUGCUCCUCGCGACGAGCGUGGUCUGCGGGCUGGCCGAGCUGGUGGGCGGAGCCUUCCUGCUGGGCCAGUUCCCGGGGGCGUCCUGGGUCCCCCUGGCGGCCGUGCUGGUGUUCGUGUCGUCCUACGGCCUCGGGCUGAGUCCCGUCCCCUGGGUGCUCCUGGGCGAGCUCCUGCCGACGGCCGUGCGCUCCGUCGGCACCUCCAUCUGCGUCUUCAACUUCGCGCUCUCCAUCUUCAUCGUGAGCUACACCUUCCCGCCGCUGGUCGAGCACGCCGGCGUGGGCACGGCGCUCAUCGCCUUCGCCGGCUUCCACUUCGUCCUCAGCGUCAUCACGUGGGCCUUCCUGCCGGAGACGCGAGGGAAGUCGCUCAGCGACCUCAAAGACGCCUUCACGUCCGCGCCCAAGGAGGCCGACGGCGCCGCGGCCGGGGAGGGCAAGCGAACCGAAAAUGCCAAGGAUACGAAUGUAUAAAUCAUACUAACACUUAUUACGUCUCUGUCGAUCUAUCUAUCCGUCCAUCUAUUCAUCUCAGUGUGUGUGUUUGUGUGCGUUCAUGUGUGUAUACAUAUACAUACAAAGAGAGGCGUGUGUGCGUGCUUCACCUCAUCCACCGCAGAACAGACGCAGCUCCGUUUCCCCAACAGGUAUUUCUCGGGGCCGCCCGAUUCCGCCCAUUCUGCAGAAUCACU